AUGCUAGUUCGAUCGCCCCGCAAGCUCGCCGUUCUCUCCUUCAUCGCUUUUGUAUUUAUCCUCGCCGUAUGGCACCAGAGUCCGUGGUCGGGCGCCAAUGUGUACGAGCAGAUCCCGCUGUUCAGCGGGCCCAAGUCAAAGCCAGAUCAGAGUCAGAGUCCAGAGCAGAAUGAGGGGAGCACGAAGGUGCCCGAUGUUGUGGACCCCGAGCUGGCGGCGGGAGGGACGGGGUCGCUGCACCCGCAAGAACCACACAAGCCUAGCCCUCCGUGGGUGACGGCACCUUCGAAGUCGAGUCCGCUAGUCCAUCCCUCGCCACGACCGACGAAUCUCAGGGAGUAUAUGAAGGAGAUGUUGAACUGGCAUCGCCCGUCGUGGAACGGGCAUUGGCCGCCGUUUGGGGAUUAUAUCAAUAAGGACUACGACCCUAAUCGGUGGGAGGAGUUUGACAUGGACUAUCGGCCUUAUUCCGCUGGACAUCAUAAGCUUAAUGGCACCGUUGCCUCGAAUCCGGUCGCUUACGAGCCGUUUCCCGACUACAACUCCGUCGAGUGGGGGAAGAGAUGGAAAGGUGAAUACGUGGCUUGCGAAGGUCCAAGAGGCGUUCCCCUGAACAUCAGUGCGGAUGAUGAGGUGCAGGUCUAUCAGGGAGUUCCACCAGGCUUCCCGAAGGUGUUUGCUGGUGGCUACGACGUCAUUGGUCUAGACGAUGACGUUUGCUUCGACCGUUACUCGCGAUACGGUCCAUAUGGGUAUGGCGACGAUAUGUUUCCCGAGGAUGUCAAGGACUGGAAGGCGCCCAAGACUGUUCCGGAGUGGCAUGAGGUGAGAUGGGGAGAGCUUCAAGAUGAGUGCUUGGAACGCAAUAAGAAUCGGUAUCGACCAGAGGCCAGGACCCCGAUCAUGAAGAUACCCAGCACCACGCUUCCCGCAGCUGCAUCCGCCUCCUCGGCUUUUGCGAUCCCCACCGAUACUGCCAGGGGGAAUAUGGAAAACAGGGAUACGAAUGUGCCGAAGUAUCAUCACCGCACUGCAGUUCUCAUCCGCGCAUGGACUGGCUACAAAUACGAGGAGAACGACAUUACCGCGAUCCGCGCCAUGAUUUCCGAACUUUCCCUCAAAUCCGGCGGCGAAUACCAGGUCUUCCUCUACGUGCAUGUCAAGGACAGAAACAAGCCCAUUUUCGACAAUCAGACGCUAUAUGAUGAGAUUUUGAGGGAAAAUGUCCCAGAAGAACUUCGCGAUAUCGCAUUGCUAUGGUCCGAAUCUAUUUUCCCCAAAUGGUACCCAGCAGUUGGGGAUUGGCAGGUCUAUUGGAUGCAGUUUAUGUGUCUGCAGUGGUUUAGCAUCACACAUCCGGAAUUCGACUACGUCUGGAACUGGGAGACGGACGCGCGAUAUACAGGCCACCACUACCAUUUCUUUGAGAAGAUCUCGGAAUUUGCGGAUAAGCAGCCCAGGAAGCUGCUCUGGGAGAGGAAUAAGCGGUACUAUCUUCCCAGCCUGCAUAACAGUUAUCAGGAGUUCGUGGAGAAUACGCAUAGAGAUGUCCUGAAUGCGUCGGCACAUUCGUUGAUUCCGGCGCCGGUAUGGGGCCCACGACCAUGGGCGAGAGCCAAUCCGCCUCAGAAACCGCUCGGACCUACGCCGCCUACGACCUUUGAGGAGGAUAACUUCGAGUGGGGUGUCAAUGAGCCUGCGGACUUCAUUACUCUUCUGCCCAUGUGGGAUCCUCGCAAUACGAGCUGGUCGUACAAGGAUAAGAUAUGGAACUAUCUCCCGGGCGUCCGACCGAUCUUCACCGCGCAAGACGGCGCUGCCGACUGGUUCACGCAUCCUGACUUUGUCACUAUCGACCGUCGCGUCUUCAUCAACACCGUGGUACGAUUUAGCAAGCGCAUGCUACAGGCUAUGCACGAAGAAAACUUGGUGGGUCGCAGUAUGCAAGCGGAGAUGUGGCCUUCAACCGUCGCCCUUCAACAUGGUCUCAAAGCUGUCUACGCCCCGCAUCCCAUAUUCAACGACCGGCACUGGCCUGCCGCUUAUGCAGAAGGCAUUUUUGACACGGCCUCAACCAUCGACCCAACAACCGGCGGUGCCGUCGAGAACGUCCAGGGCGCGUGGACAGAGCAAGCGGAUAGCCCGUAUAAUCACGAUAGAGAGUACAACUUCCAGGGCUGGAGCUGGUACUACGCGAGCAAAUUCCCCCGAGCGCUAUAUCGGCGGUGGUUGAACUGGCCGAUGAUCAAGCAGAACUGGGGCGAGGAAGAGAGAAUCGACGGCGGGCCCGGCCAGGACGGGAAGCUAGAGGAGAGGCGGAUGUGUAUGCCGGGGAUGCUGUUGCAUCCCGUGAAGCGGAUGAGCAGGGAUAAGGUGAAGCCUUGA